AUGUCCAAGCCGUUAGCCUUGGUCAUUCAAACGUCAUUUGUUACUGGAUGCCUGCCCUCUGACUGGAAGUCCGCUACCAUCACUCCACUUUUUAAGGGUGGAAGUCGUGCGUCUGCGAAUAACUACAGGCCAGUGAGUCUUACCUCCAUCUGUUGCAAAAUCAUGGAGAAUAUCAUUAAGAAGGCCUUGGUGCAGUUCCUCGAGCAGCACCAUCUCCUUUCGGAUGCCCAACACGGCUUUCGAAGUGGUAGGUCCUGCCUCACGAAUCUGCUCUUUACGCUCGAACGCUGGACCAAAGCACGUGAUGAAGGCAAGGUGGUGCACGCCAUCUACAUCGACUUCAAAAAGGCUUUCGACAGCGUUUCUCAUAAACGUCUCCUGUACAAACUGCGCAACACUGGAAUUCGUGGACGCCUUCUUGUAUGGAUCCAGAGCGUUUUGGCUGGACGGUCCCAAAUAGUGCAGGUCGGGCGUCAACAGUCCUCAGAUGUAAGCGUGGUGAGUGGCCUCCCACAGGGCUCAGUCUUAGGUUCCACGUUAUUUCUCGUUUUCAGAAAAGACUGCGUCAAGGACCUAGACUGUGAUGCCAUCCUGUUUGCUGACGACAUAUAA